AUGGCACAAGAAGCGGCUUCGGCCGGUGUCUCUGAGCUUGCUGCUGCUCGAUCGGAGCUUGCCGCUGCCAAGGCACAGCACGGUGUCAUGACGGACGCGCUUCAGCAGAAACUUGCGGUCUCCAAGGCAGCAGCUGGACGUGCCACCAAAGCGCAGAGCCAAAAGCUGCGAGCCGAGCGCACUCGAAGUGCUCAGCUUCUUCAAAGUGACGAGCAACACCAAGCGGCGCUAUCUGCUCUUCAGGACGCAGUCUCUGCUCUCGAAUCGGACCUCGUGACAGCGCAUGAGACGUCAGCGAACGUCGCGCGCCGCCUCUCGGCCGACCUUGAGAAGGCGCUGGCCGAAGCAAGUGCCACCCUCGCCGCCAAGGGCGCCGAGUUCCGAGCCAAGUACGCAGACGCAGUGCGCGGCCGCCGUGUGGUCUGCCCUGCUUGCGGCGACGUCGACGAAGUGAGUCAGUGGACCAUCUUCCCUGGGCCGCUGAUGGAAGACACGGACUUUGACAGCGACAUUGAGGUGGGUCUCGGUGAACCACCGGCACCGCCAGACCUGGUCGCAGCCGCAGAGCUCGAGGCAGAACGCAAGGCUUACGAGGCGCUCAAAGCGCAAGCCGACGCCGCAGCAGCCCGCGCAGCAUCGAACGAGCUGCGCCUCGAGAACAAGAUUUUGAAGCUCAUGUCGACCAGCAACGAUCUCUCGGCCAGCGUCAACGCGCUCUCGUCGGACAAGUCGGCGCUCGCAGAGGCCAAGACGAAGCUCCAGGAGGAGACGACGAGCCUCGCAUUGCGCGUAGCUGCCUUGGAAGCGGCGCUGCAGACGCAGGAGGCACAAGCCAAGACCGACAUGAAGGCGCUCGAGACGCGGGCGGUCACGGCCGAAGCCGCCCAAGAGGCCAACGCGACGACGAUCCGGGAGUUGCAAACCACCAUCGAAGGGCUCUCGAAAAGCGCACUCUACCGACGCACCCAAGAGCUCUCGAAAGAAAUCCGGGACCUGGAGGCUCAGCUGCACCGCCUUGGGCACUAG